UCGCAGCGCCUGGGAGCAGCGGAGGGGUCCGGGCAGGGAUAAAGCGGAUGCGAUUUCUGGGGAAGGAGUGAAGGACACUGCGAACACGCCUGAGCUAUGGCAUUGCUGUGCUACAACAAGGGCUGCGGGCAGAGGUUUGAUCCCGAGCACAACGCCGAGGAUUCCUGCCUGUAUCACCCAGGUGUCCCCAUUUUCCACGACGCCCUGAAGGGCUGGUCUUGUUGCAAGAAACGCACAACGGACUUCUCCGAGUUCCUCUCCAUAAAGCCAGGAAUUUGCUGUCUUUUUCCAAGGACCCUCCAAGCAAGGGUGCUGCUCCCAAAGUGCAAGGGAUGCACGAAGGGGUUUCACAGCAAGGAGAAGCCCCCUGAGCCUUCCAGCCAAGAGAAGACCUCAGAUGAACCAAAGGCCAAACCAGUGAAGGAGCUCAUCGUCCAAGGACCAAAAUCAGCUGAGAAGAUGCUGCGGGAAAGACCGAGCUCUGAUGAGCCAAGACAACUGCUGCCAAUUAAAGUAUCCAGGUCUCUGGAGCAGGCACUGGAGAAACUGAACAUGUCCUCUGAGGACAAGACGCUCGAGAGCAGUUGUACAGGUGAGGAGGCUGGCCAGGUGAGAGCUGGCACCACGUGCAAGAACACAGCCUGCAAGGCGAUCUACCAGGGCCCAGAGAGCAACACUGAGGUCUGUACGUUUCAUCCUGGCGUUCCUGUCUUCCAUGAGGGGAUGAAGUACUGGAGCUGCUGUGGAAUCAAAACCACAGACUUCAGUGCCUUUAUGGAGCAGCCGGGCUGCAGCUGUGGGUGUCACUGCUGGACAGAAAAGAAGGACAAGAAGGCAGUGCUGUGCCGGCAGGACUGGCACCAAACCAGCAACCAGGUGGUGGUGACAGUCUAUGCCAAGAACCCCCUGCCUGCCCUCAGCAGUGUGAAGGCCAAUCGCACCGUGCUUGAGGCUCAUGUCAUCUUUGAAGGAAAUAAGAUUUUCCAGGCAGAACUGGAGCUCUGGGGGACCAUUGAUGUAGAGAAGAGCUUUGUGAGCAUGGUCCCAGCCAAGGUGGAGAUCACGCUUUGCAAAGCCAGCCCUGGCUCCUGGGCCAGGCUGGAGCUCCCCCAAAGCAAAUUGCAGCCCUGUGGUGAGCAAGAGAAGGAAGCUGCAAACACAGAGGAGCCUGGGGCUGUGCAGGAGGAGGACUCUGAUGACAGCUUGAGCUGGUCCGAGGAGGAAGAUGAAGAGUUGGAGAUGGGAACACCAGCUAUGAUAACAUCAAGUAAUUGAUGGUCAAGUGCUGCAGCAGCUGAGCAUUGCUGGUUUCUGAACUGCUGGGCAUCUUGGCACCAGCUCCAGAAGAGCAGACCUAGUCCAGAACUGUGUGCAGGCUGCACCAUGGCCUCUCCUCGGGUCAGAAGGGACAAUUAAUAAACACCCAGAGCAAAGGCUGCCCUCUGAAAUCCAUGAUGGGCGCUUAAGAAACAUCAGCAGGCAAAACCCCGCCUCUGUCACUUCCUCUCAUGUGCCUGGCUGGGGCAGGACUAUUGCCCUGAUUUUUAAAAGUGUUAAGUUUUCUUUUAUAGUUCUUUUGAGAGUUUUAAAGUUCUCAUAAAACUUA